UCACGAUAACUUCAAUCUCAUUUAUUAGAACGUAUGAAAUGAAAUAAGUUAAUAGCAGCCAAUUAUUUGCUAGAAAUUAAUACCAUUAACGGAAAAAUUAUAUAUCUCUAAAGUAAUUAAAUUUAAAAAUAAACUCUGCGCCUCAUUUCCGCUUGUGUUAUUUGUACAGUGAGGCAUAGGCAACAUUGUAAAAUGUUUAUUACAGUCGACUUUGUAUGCGCCGGUUCGAGUCUAUAUUUAGUUUUUACAUGAAAUAGACUUUUUAAAAUACACAGUUACGUAAAGAAAUUUAGUGAUUGGCAAGCCUCAAUUAAUUAAUUAUUGAGAAAGCAAUUUGGAUGUCAUACUAAUUGGUGAUUACAAUUUCUCCCAAUUUAUUGAUGAGAGCGAGCGAAGUAGGACGUGCUACAACUGACACACAGUGCGAGGCGCUAGGCUAUGUAACAGCAAGCUCCCUACACUGAUGCAGAGGAUAUUGGGCCGUGCCCAAUCGACAAAAACGAAGUAGAAGAUCAAGAAGAGCCUAAUUUGUCAUCCUGAACCAACCAGUAUGAAUUGGGAGAUACAGGAUAGUAAUGAAGAAAAAAGAGCAAAUUCUGCUAGCACUGGUUGAGGUUUACUCUUCACCCCAGGGGAAAAAACAUUAACUGUGAGAUGUGCAAGGAACUUAGAACGAUCAGUGAAUUCGAUUUUCGAAUCUAAUUCUGAAGCCUACUAACUAUUAACUUAAACUUGUGAUAUACUAAUAUAACUUCUUGGGCAAAUGGAUUUUUAAAUUAUUUGUCUCAAUUAAGAUUCGAAGACUUUUAAUAGGGGUGUUUGUGACUUGGCUCGUGAGACGCUUGCGGUUUCCGUGUCCAUCUAUGUCAGUUUGUGACACACAAGAACAGAACGUCAAUCAUGAAAGAGCUAGGUUUUGAAAGCUGUGACGUUAUGAGUUUUUUUUGUACUAGAAGAUUGAUCGUCUACACGACACAAUGACCAGACGCUUCUGAGUUACAGAAUGGAUACAAAACCAGAUGAUUUUGGAAACUUUCUAUGAAUGAUUGAAUGAUUGAUUCUCAGAUUCAAUACCUCUUACAAAUGUGGGUCGAAUUUGAAUUCAAAAUCGGACACAAACACUAAACUCCAUACUGUUGUUACGACCUUUUGGUUUCACUAACGAUUUCACGACUAAAAUCAAACAUGUUUCAUUCGUCUACAUUGAAUCACUCCACGUCGAAAUGCACAAUUAUUUGGCCAGUAGUAGUAAGUUGCCAUAAUUAAUGAAAGUCGUAUUUUAGCCACAAUUUGUAUUUUGAAUCUUAGACUUGACCCUUGAUAUUUUUUUUUUCGUAAUGAUUUGUCUUGAUUUUAGGUCUCUUGUGAUAGAUUUGAAGUUUCGACCUAUUUCGUUCUUUAUCAAAAUAGAUCGAAUCGUCAAAUUUUGACCCGUUAUUUUGAAAUGAUUUUCUAUCACAAGAGACAUGAUACAUCCGAGGAAUCUGAAAUAUUAAAGGCAUCGGUUCCCACUAAUAGAGAUAAUUUACCACAGAAGAGAAAAAGGAGAUAAAGAAUUUUUGAGGCAGUAGCUCCGGAAGAAAUUAAUUAUUCAGAAAAACCAAAAAUAACAAGUAAUUUGGAUUUGAUGGCUGAUGAAUUGAAAAUAUACUCUCCAAUAAUUCACAAUUCUAUAGAGAAAUUGAUAUAUGGAUGACACUCCAUCUGAUGAUGAUAAUGAUUAAAAAACAUUGAUUUUAUAAACUAUUAUGGAAAUCUGUAAUGUCAUCAAUGUUUUUUAUACUUUAUAAUAACUUGUGAAUGAAUAAUUUUAUUUUUAAUUUUGUACCAUUCUAUUCAGUUUUUUUAUAACUUGUUUUAAAUUAUUAAUUCCAUCAAGUCCUCCCACACUGUAUUAUUUGUAAUGUUCAUAAUUUGUAAACUAGGUUCUAAAAAUAUUAUAAAAAUGAAGUUUGCUAUCAAAAUGUUUUUGUUUUUCAAAAACCCAUCCCUUAUUUAUGAUAAAUGUCAUAGAAAGUUAUUAAUUAUUAAUUUUUUGAUAGAUGGCGGUAGCUACGCCGUUUGCUUUUAUCGUAGAGUCAGCACCAAUUAAGCCUCUCAUUUUCAAAUAAACAUCAGUAGCAUUCCGUUAUAAGGGCAAGGAUAUUUUUUCUUCCAAAAAUAAAUAUUAAUCAUAACACAUCAUUUUUAUAUCCUCAAACUUAAAGCUUGUCAAAGAAAGACUAUCGAUAUUCCAGCUCUAAUAGGUUUUCUGAUCCAUUUGUACAUUGACCGGUUUCAAAUCUAAUCCGGCUCGAAGGACCAUGGAUACGAACUACUCAAUUGUUUCUUGGUUUUCUUGAACUAGAUUUUAUUGUUUAUUCUCUAUUUUUAAAAAAUACAAACGAUAAUAUAUUUUACAUAUCUUUCGUUAGCACAUGGUUUUUUAGCGCUACCACACAGCACAAAAUGUCUUGUUACUUGUCAUCUGUGACAUUUCAUAUUCUUUAUACCCAGUAAAAUGAUUAAUUUUAUUUGAAUUUAAUAGUUUGCAUGCAAUGUUAAAAUUUUAUUCAACUUGAAUGACCUUCAUUUGCAGAUAGUACCUAUAUAGAUACAGAUAAAGAAAAUAUUUUAUGAAAAGUCGUUUCAUACUAAAAACAUUAUUAACUAGUAAUAUUUUCGUUCUCAAUCGUAAUACCAGGCAAGCAGAUUCCCAAACCGAGAAAAAUCGUUUUUACUUAAACCAGAGCUUACUUUUUUUUCUGGUCAAUGAAUGAUCGUUCGCUUUACCCCUUCUAAGCCAGGAUAGCACAAUCCCAAGCAACCACCACAUCCCCAGCCCUGCAGAGGAGCAACUGCUAUAUUAGGGCCAAAUCCUGUGGAGGUUUCAACUACAUAAAGAAAAUAUCUUCAUUGUGGACUCUAUCUUUAUUUUUUUUAUCAUUUGAAUCAACAAAAUUUUUAUACAGAAGUUGGAGAAGAUUACACUUUUUCCGCGAUCCUCAUCCAUAUUUAAAGAAGAAGAAACUUCCGAUGCUGCCAAUUUGUCAUGGUUUUUGGAGUGUAUUCAGCAAACCUUCCUAUGAAAAAUUUCCUUCAUCGUACCUGAAAACCAUCCAACGAAACUCUGUCUCUGACUUAAACUUAAAGGAUUCUUAGAGCAGGCUUUAAGCUCAAUAGCCGAUUAUGAAACACACUUAUAAAAUCAAAAGCUUAAGGUUGAAAGUCACUUCAAUUUCAUUAUAAAACCGACAGUAAGAAGUAAAAACUUUAAGGAAAUUAAACUUCCAUUUAUAUACAAAUAAAGAACUCGUUAUUUGUAAUUCAGUAUAAAUUCGUUCUGACAUUACAGAUUAAUUUUAAUGUUUUUUUCUUCAGGUCAACAAUGGAUAUAUCCUUGAACUACUAUGAAGUAUUGGCGGAUUCUUAUGUAAACACAAUUCUCGAAUCGGGGCUACUUUUGGACGAAGACUUGCAAAUUCUAUUCAAUUACUAUAAACCUAAUAACCCACUCACGUUUCCUAAAUAUAAACCUUCUAGUGCUUUAAAAUUGAGCUUAACAUUUUUAUUGGGCAACUUAUUAUUAAUAAAAAAAUUGCAUAAAGCUUUUCUGCUACCUCCCAUAAUCGCAACUGGCAUAUCUACGUACUUUGAAAUAAAAAAAUAUAAGAGACGUGGCUUUCAACAAUUAUUAUUGCAGGAUAUGGUGGAUAACUUUAAAAAUAUCAAUAAUUUGAAUAAUUUCAUCAAAAAGUAUAUAAAAACAAGAAUUGAUGUUGAAAAUAAAAGUCAAAAUAAUCUAUUCAGUGGUUAUACUAAACAAAUCGAUAUAUUUUUGAAAAAUACCCUCUCAAAUGAAAAACUGUAUUUUGAUAAAAUGAUUAAAACCAUAGGAAUGAUUGUUAAUUUCUCAGAAAAUCUCGUGGAUGAUUUCAAUUUAUUCAAAUACUUUCAACCGUUAAACGAUUUAAAUCGAUUCGAUAACCUACAAGAUGGAUUAGAUUUUUUGAAUAAAAUCAAAGAUAUUCAUGUGUGGUUAACAUCAAAAUUAUUCAGUUACUUAAGUAUCAUGUUCCUCUGUCCAACUGAUCAACUCACUGAUAAAGUAUACGAAAGAAUCAUAGACAAAUUAAAUUCCUUGUUGAAUUUCUUGAAACAGCAUUAUAAUAUAACAAAGAAAGAAUUUUAUACUUUAAGAAACAUCGAUGCGAAAAUCAACGAACUCAAAUCAAUUAAACCAAAACGUUAUAUCUCUAAUAAUCUACACAAAACAUUGUUAUCUGCUAUUGAUAAUAUUUCGGUUAUAUCUGAAAAAUAUCAUACUAUUAUUACUGAGAUAGAAACUACCGAUGACCCGCCUUCUGAAACGUUACAAACCGCUUUAAUCGAUUUAAGGAAUCACACAUUCGCUGCGUACGAAUCACUAGAUCUCUUGUGUAGAUUAUACGGUAUUCUAAUCACGCAAUCAACUUCCGAGAAUAACGAAAUCCCAAAAGUAGAACAACACUCCCGAGAUUUUAUAAACGUGAAUUAUCACCACGAUGAUGUAACUUAUGUACCGGAAGAAAACUUCGAGCUUUAUUUGGAAAAAGAUUAUGACAAUGCCGCUGAUGAACCGAGCUCAUAUCAAAAAGAUAAUACUGAGGCUUACUUAAGUUUGAUGUUACAAGAAUUAAAACAGUCUCUAGGUAAACACGAACGAUUCAUAGAAGCAAGAAAAAGAAGGGGUAGUAUAGAUGUGAAUGUGGUUGCCGAAAAAAUUGAAACUGUGAUUCCCAGUUUCAAUUUGAGCGCCUUAAAGUCUGUUAAAACAAUAGAUGUUGAUGAAUCAGAUCAAAUCAAUGAUGUAACGUUAAAGACAAAUUCUUCUGUAUCUCCUCCUCCUCCUCUUCCUCCUCCUCCUCCUCCUCCUCCUCCUCGAUUACCAAUUACGUCGUUUAAUGUACAAGAUUUAUCUAUGGAAACACCACAACCUAAAUCGAUGUUUGAUGGUAUUAAAACAUUGUCAAGUCAAUUGAAGAUGAAAGAAGAAAUAUAUGAAGAAUCUAUAGAUGGAAACGGAAAAAAAGACUGAGAUAAAUUCUAAUGUUUUUCUAUUGAUCAAUAAAUUGUUUUUCAUA